GCUCAAGUGAGGCGGACGUAUGUAGGUGCGCAGAGUGUGCAGACGACGUCAUCAGUUUUGAAGACUCGCACGAUGUUUCUUAACAUUGUAGUAACUAUGACGUUGCUGUACCUGGGUACCUUCAUGGAUGGAGUGGAUGGACAGCUUGGGGACUCGCUCCAGGCUCUGUUGAACAGGUUCUGCCAACAGAACCCCAACAGGAGAGGCUGUCAUGGUCUUCCUCCUCCGGCUGCAGUGUCAGGACCGGACGGCUGUCCGGUCGGCAACCGUCGCUGUCCUAACGGCCAGUGUCUGCCCGAAGGCCUCAGCUGCGACCUGAUCGGCUCGAGCGAAUCUUGCGCGCUUCCUUUGGCCUCCAGCGUGACAGUCCAGCCAAUAUUCUGCGGCACUGGCAACUCUGGCAUCAGCAGGUGUGACAGAGAAGGCCGUGUGCCCGUCUUGACAGAAAUCAUCGUACAGUGCAGAGGAGCAGACGGCGCGUCUACUUCUGUCUCCUCCCUGUCAGCACACCAGGUGGGGGGCGGGGGGGUGGGUGCAGGAGUGUACAGGUGUGUACAGGGGGGACAAUGGUCCCCCACCUACGAGGGCUCCCCCCUCCUCCCCACCCUCCUCACCUCCUGCUACUAUGCAGGUUGCGGAGAACUUCCCUCAGGCAGCGGUGGCGCGGCCGUCAACCAAACCUGGCCGUGGUUGCGACAUUUACUGUCCUCUGACAACCGAGUUCUGUGCACUGCAACCAUGGUUACUUCUAAUACACUCGUCACAGCUGCACAUUGUGUCACCAGUUCAGCGACGUCGCGCCAGGCGGUGAAUCCAUCACAACGCAGAGUGACUCUACAGAACAAACAGACUCUGCAGACUGUACAGGUGUCCCAGAUCCACGUGCACCCUCAGUAUCGUCCCGACGACUCCCGCCAGAACGACUUAGCGGUGGUCAAGAUCCGCACUCUGUCGGGGGAGCGCUUCCCGCACGCGUGCCUCCCACCCGACACUCUGGCGAACACUGACACUGGAGGGGUCGUGUUCCGUCUGAGGAAUGAAGUGACGCCCCCCGGGGGAUGGCAAGUGGCACAGGCCUCCUACUCCCCAACAUGCCGCAGUCUGCAGUCUUCGUCCUGUGGGGUUACGCCAGCGCCGGGGCAGUUCUGUGCCCAGCAGGCUGAGAUGGGCAUGGGCCCAGGCUCCUCGGGCGGGCCAUACCUGGUGAAUGGGGCGGUGGGUCUACCGUACGUCUGGAUGCUGCGCGGCGUAUACUCAAGGCAGCACGUAGCGUCGAGCGCGUGUAACGCACAACACGUCUACACAGAUACCUUCGUACACAAGACCUGGCUACUGAACUGUGCGCUGUACGACAACUGCUAGACUUGGCUGCUGAACUGCGUGCUGUACGACAACUGCUAGACCUGGCUGCUGAACUGCGGGCUGUACGACAACUGCUAGACUUGGCUGCUGAACUGCGUGCUGUACGACAACUGCUAGACCUGGAUGCUGAACUGCACGCUGUACGACAACUGCUAGGCUUUGCUGCUGAACUGCAUGCUGUACGACAACUGCUAGACCUGGUUGCUGAACUGCGUGCUGUACGACAACUGCUAGACCUGGUUGCUGAACUGCGUGCUGUACGACAACUGCUAGACUUGGCUGCUGAACUGCGCGCUGUACGACAACUGCUAGACUAUAAAAACGUAUUAUUGCCAGUCUAGGGAAACGAAUGAAUCGUUUACGAACGUACGGAAGAAAAAUGAUUGUUAUCGUAUUUUGGGAAGGAAUGUAUUGUUUGCUCUUGCAUGAGCUACGAUACAAAAUUUUCUGUGAUAAAAUUGAAGUAUUCUAUCCACUUGAAUGAAAGGCGAUGUCGGAAACAAUCCAAAAACCGAAAAUUUUUCCUUGACUAAAAAUGAAUGAUCGAUUGUUCUGAAUUGUUUCUGGUUGGCAAAAGUGACGUGUGAUGUUAACGGCACAGGUUAUAAUGAAUGGAAGAACAUGAGCUACUGUAUGCCCAAGUACGUCAUACGUACAUUCUAUAUUAGUGUGAGUAGACUAAGAAUCAUGAGGAGAAGAUGAGAACUUUUCAAGCAUUGAUGGUCAUUCAUAUAUUUGCCUAAGUAAUACAACCAAAAAACAUAUGAAUACCUCAACAGAUAGUCGAGGUCAGGGAUUCGUAUUACUAACGAAUUAGCUAAGUAGGAUUCACGGAUUCUAUAGUCACGGCUUCUAUAAAGAAUAUGGCCCUUUGUUCGGGGGAUUGUUCAGAAUGAAAACUCGUUGUGGAUUGUAACGGU